GAUGAAUAUAUGACACACUUCUUAAGUCUAUCAUCUAAUAUAAAAAAGCUACUACUAAUUUUAAUCAAAUUGUGCUCAUUAUAUCUAAGAAAAAUAUUUGACUGAUCAAGUUAUAUAUUGAUUAAAUAAGUCUAAAUCUAAACCAAAUUGAGGCCGACUCAAAACAAUCAUGAUUCGUCUAAUUUUCAACAUGUGCUAAAGUUAAACAUCAUUAAAACUAGUAUAAUUAAACUAAUAUUUCCAACAACAGGCAACCAAUAAAUCAUUAAUACAUAAAUAAUUGCAUUAAUGCGUCACAUAUGGACUUGUAGAUUCUGUCUCCAACCAGAACUCUCUGAAAUAGAAUUAUGUUUCAAAAAACAGAACUUAUCUAAAUAGUUUCCCUAGAUUCUUAAAACUUUAAUGCCAGAAAUGGAAAAUAUUUGAAACUUUGCAACAUUAGAAGGAAUGCCAUCUACUUGUUGAAGUGCUUAUUUUUGAUAUGUUUUACAAAUCCAAAAUAUUGAGUUGUGGAAACAAGCAGACAGUAUCAUAUCUGUGAUUUUACUGCUGCAAAAUAAAACGGGUUUUUUCUAAAGUCCUAGAUUGACAAAACAUCAACAUUUCAGGUCCCAAUGUGACAUGUCGCCCCCUGUUGGGAGCUUUCGGGUAUAGCUCUCAUUCGCUUGCCCAACUUGGUCUCCCUCCCCCUGUCAGCUCUGUGGAAUGUGCGAUGCACAUUAUGCAGACACAGAGAGAAGGUCCAACCUGCGGUCACUAGAAACGCUCCGCUCCGCUUGCAGAAAGCGCUCUUCUGUCUUCGCCCUGAACAUACUCGUUCUCUCACCUUUCCUCUGGCUGAAGCUCCAUCAGGAUGUCUACACCUGACCCAACCUCCUUCCUCACCAUGCUGCCCACAUUAACCUCAUCCACUCCAGAGGUUCCAGCUGUGGAGGCCAACGCCACCUCCUGCCAGCAGUGGGAGCAGGUCCAUCACAUGCUGUUCCAUCUGGGGAACCUGUCCCUGCUGCUGGGCCUGCUCAUUCCCACCACCCUGGGGCUGCACAUGAUUCUGCUGCGCCUCCUCCUGAUGACAGGAUGCAGUCUUUUCAUUGCUUGGGCCACUUUGUAUCGUUGCAACCUUGAUGUGAUGGUUUGGAACGUGGUGUUCUUGGUGGUCAACUUCAUGCACUUAUUUUUUCUCCUGUAUAAGCGCAGGCCGAUUAAGAUUGACAGGGAGCUGCGGGCUGUCUACAAGCGGAUGUUUGAGCCUCUCCAUGUGCAGGAGGCUUUGUUUCAGAGGCUCACAGGACAGUUUUGCACCAUCCAGACUCUGAAGAAAGGCCAAGCAUAUGCUGCUGAGGACAAGACCUCUGUAGAUGAACGCCUCAGUAUCCUGCUCAAAGGAAAGAUGAAGGUGUCAUAUCGAGGUCAUUUCCUCCACAACAUCUAUACCAACUCAUUCAUUGAUUCUCCGGAGUUCAGGUCUACUGAGAUGCACAGAGGGGAGAAGUUCCAGGUGACAAUAGUGGCAGAGGAGAACUGUAAGUUCCUGUGUUGGUCUCGAGAACGGCUCACUUACUUCCUAGAAUCAGACACUUUCCUGAAUGAGGUGUUCAAGUACCUCAUCGGCAAGGACAUCACCAACAAACUGUACACUCUAAAUGACCCCACACUCAGCGAUAAGGCAGUGAAAAAGAUGGAUCGUCAGCCCAGCCUGUGCUCUCAGCUUUCUAUGAUGCAGAUGAGGAACAGCAUGGCGAGCACUAGUGACACAGAUGAUGUUCUUAACCAGAUCCUACGAGGAGGAUCUGCUGGAUCAUCUCUCCAAAAAUCACCUGAAACCAAAUCUUCGACUAAGAUGAGGCCUAUAGAGGAAGGCAUGGAGGACGAUGUUUUUGAAGAAUCCGUCUCCUCUUUCCAGCAGCACACAGCUUCCACCAAAGAAGUGUAAGGAUCAGGUGAAGAUCAACUAGCAACACGAGUAUUUUAUCACCUCCUUUAGAGUCUGACUACUUUACUGAUACCUGCCAGUACCAGUAAACAAAGAAAGUGUUCAAGUGUUCUAAGCAUCCUUAUGCACAAUGUUUGUUCAUUAGAAAGCACGAGUUUUAUUUUCCUUUGUACUUUUUGAGUGUUGUGUUGUUUAAAAAUUAAUCUUUGCAAAAAUAUGUAUUAUUAUCUAAAAUCAAGACAACUUCUUGGUUUGAGUGAAUUUAUGUGAAAUAUCAGAGAAUACAAAUGUUUGUCACUAGGUCUGUAUUUAAGACAUGUAUUUUAGUGUAGCUGUUUUUCCUUAUGCUUCUGAGGUUUAUUAUUUUUCCCUGCUAAGUCAGAUAAUAGUGCCCUCUUGUGUUCAUUUGAUUAAAUACACGACUGAAUCAUUUCAGAAAUAUACUGUGUUGAAGCAUAACUGAGAAAUGAUCACUAUCACUAACAAUUGUAAUUCUAUGAAUAAAUACAUGUUUAAACAGUG